CCAGCAUCUCUUUAAUUUACAAACUUCUCUCGAACUGAUAUAAAUGUCUUCGUCGCAAACGACCCCAGUCUUGCGUCUCAAGAAAGGUCUUGUCGUCCUUGACACAUCCUCAGACGCUACAAGUGCACGUCGUAACGGCCGGCGCGUCCUCAUCGUAGGCGGAGGAGUCAAUGGUCUAACUACCGCUUGGAUCCUGCUUGAUGCAGGAUACGAUGUCACCAUCGUGGCAGAACAGUGGGCGCCUGCAACACCCCGUAUUGUCUCUCAGAUUGCUGGAGCGCUGUGGGAGUAUCCCCCUGCCGUAUGUGGUCAACACACCGACGCUGGUUCCUUGGCCCUAUCUAAAGGAUGGUCGUUGACGACCUACCGAAUUUUCGACCAGCUAAGAUCAAACGCAUACUUUGACUUGCAGUUCACGGCGGUGUCCGACAGAACGGUGAUCUUGGCUACGCCGUAG